GUUAUUACGUUAAGUAGACGUGUACUAAAUAAUAAUAAAACAAAACAAAUGAAUAAAUCUUAACUUGAUCAAAAAAACCUCGAUUUUUGAAUUUAAAUCGUGAGGAAUCGCGCACAAAUUUUCAGUUUUGUUAUCCAUAAAAAAAAUUAAAAUUAAAAUUACGAAUAUUUAAAAGCAAACUCAUCUUCCCACUUAAAAAAAUUCAAUCAAAAUCAAAAUCCAAUCAUGCAUCUAUAUUAUGUGAUAUUAUUAUUAUCAUCAUCAUUGAAUUUAUUCACAUUAACAAUGGCUAAUAAUAAACGAGAUUAUUAUGAAAUAUUGGGUAUUAAACGUGAUGCAAGUGAACGUGAAAUAAAAAAAGCAUUUCGUAAUCUAGCUAUAAAAUAUCAUCCGGAUAAAAAUAAAGAUCCUGGUGCUGAAGAAAAAUUUCGUGAAAUAGCAACAGCAUAUGAUGUAUUGUCUGAUAAAGAGAAACGUAAACAAUAUGAUCAAUUUGGUGAAACCGAUAAUAUGGCCAAUAAAUUUACCAAUACAAAUUUUCAGGAUAUUUUCGCCAAUUUUGAUGAUAUUUUUCAAAUGUUUAAUCAUCAUCAUGGCAAUGGUCAUCAUCAUCAUCAGCAGCAGUUCGAUGAUAACGAUGGUGAUGGUGGUGGUUUCGGUAGCAUGUUUGGUGGUCAUCAUGAUCAUCAUGAUGAUUCACAUUGGGCAAGUGGUGAUACAUUUUUUGGAAAUUUUUUUCAACAUUCAUCAAAUCAACAUCAUCAACAACAUCAUUAUUAUCAUGGAUCAUCUGGUGGUGGUGGUGGUGGUAGUAGUGGUGGCAGUAAUGGACAACGUUGUCAAAAAGUUAUCAAACAAAUGGGUUCAACAAUUGUAUCCUAUACUGAAUGUCAUUGAUGGAUUACGAAACUUAUUCUGUACUGUAUUCUGUGUCUUGGCUAGUCGUAUAAAUAUUGAAGCCAAAAUUCAUUGAUUGAAAUCUGUAAUUUAUAUCACUGUAUGUCUUGUCUGUUUUGUUUAUAUUUAGCAACAACAACAACAAAAAAAAAGAAAUGCUCAAAUGAAAUGAAAAAGAAAGAUGAA